AUCGUUUUCUAGUGAUUUAUGAUAAAAUGCGCAGAAAUCCGUUGUCACUGGAACGACUUCACUAUGUCAGCUCUCGAGCUCUGGUCAUCUGCGUCGCCUCUCUGUGAAAGUUUUUCAUCAAUUUCUAGGGUUCCGAAGACCUCUGGAACCCUUUUUGCUCCCCCUAUUAUCUACAGAAAGUCAUCUUUAAACUUUUUAUCGUCUGUUUCUUUCAAAUCAUUUUCAAAUCCCUUCUUUUGGGUCGAAAAAUCUGAGCUCAAACGGUGCUGGAAUCGUUCGAAAUGUCUACUCCGUUCAUCUGGAAGGGAAUUUUUCCCCCAGAAGGAAGAAGAUGACGAAGCAGAAGCCGAGUAUGAUAGUGUCGACGGUGAGGAAGCUGUUGAUUCUGAUUCAUUUGAUGCUGAAGCACUGGAAGAGGAAGCCCAAGAUGCCGUUAGAGAGUAUUCUGUCUCUUUAUCUCGUGAACUCAGAAUUGGUAGAGGAUGAGACAAAUGAUAGGAGGGAAACUGGUGGAAAGCAGAGGAGAGGAAAAACUUCCAGUGGCAAGAUCCCUGACCAUCUUCUUCCAAGGGUCACAAUUGUUGGAAGGCCAAAUGUUGGCAAGUCAGCAUUAUUCAAUCGUCUCGUGGGGGGUUCCAAAGCUAUAGUGGUGGAUGAACCUGGUGUAACUAGAGACCGCUUGUAUGGUAGAUCCUUUUGGGGAGAACAUGAAUUCAUGGUGGUAGAUACUGGAGGUGUUAUCACAGUUUCAAAAUCUCAGGCUGAUGUUAUGGAAGAAUUGGCUAUUACAACAACUAUCGGAAUGGAAGGGAUAACACUUGCCUCCAGGGAGGCAGCUGUCGCUAGAAUGCCCUCAAUGAUUGAGAGACAAGCUACUGCAGCUGUAGAAGAAGCAUCUGUUAUUAUAUUCCUUGUUGAUGGCCAGGCAGGUCUAACGGCAGCUGAUGUGGAAAUAGCUGACUGGUUGCGUAGAAACUAUUCAAACAAGAGUAUUAUUCUUGCUGUGAACAAGUGUGAAUCUCCACGAAAGGGAAUCAUUCAGGCAUCAGAAUUUUGGUCUUUGGGGUUUUCUCCACUUCCGGUAUCUGCUAUUUCGGGGACAGGAACUGGAGAGCUUCUUGAUCUUGUUUGCUCUACACUGAAAACAGUUGAGGGUUUAGAAAAUCCUAGUGAAGAAGAAAAUUAUGUUCCUGCUAUUGCUAUUGUUGGCCGGCCAAAUGUUGGAAAAAGUAGCAUUUUGAAUGCAUUAGUUGGAGAGGACAGGACAAUAGUUAGCCCAAUCAGUGGGACUACUCGUGAUGCUAUUGAUACUGAAUUUACUAAGGAAGAUGGCCAGAAGUUCCGGCUAAUCGAUACUGCUGGAAUCAGAAGAAGGGCAGCUGUAGCUUCAGCAGGGAAUACAACGGAGGCCUUAUCAGUCAACCGGGCAUUUCGUGCCAUUCGUCGUUCUGAUGUUGUGGCUCUUGUUAUUGAAGCCUUGGCCUGUAUCACAGAGCAGGAUUGCAGAAUUGCUGAAAGAAUUGAGAGAGAAGGAAAAGGCUGUGUGAUUGUUGUAAACAAAUGGGAUACGAUACCUAAUAAAAAACAGCAGACAGCAACAUACUACGAGCAGGAUGUUAGGGAGAAGCUCCGUAUUCUUGAUUGGGCACCAAUUGCUUAUUGUACUGCAACAGCUGGGGAUAGUGUUGAAAAGAUCAUUGCUGCUGCUGGCAUGGUUGAGAAAGAAAGGUCAAGAAGGCUUAGUACUUCCAUAUUGAAUCAAGUUGUACAGGAGGCAAUAGCUUUUAAAGCACCUCCAAGGACCAGAGGUGGAAAGAGAGGGCGUGUUUAUUAUAGCACUCAGGCAGCAAUCCGUCCUCCCACUUUUGUUUUCUUUGUUAAUGAUGCAAAGCUUUUCCCUGAAACAUACCGGCGUUACAUGGAAAAGAAGCUACGUUCGGAUGUAGGAUUUUCGGGUACACCAAUUCGUCUUCUAUGGCGUAGCAGAAGAACAAUGGAAAAAGAUGAAGGAAGAACGGCAGCCACAAAAAUCCAAGUCCCUCCAGCACACCGGGGUAGAAAAUUGGCUGUAGCAACGAGUUGAAUAAAAAGCUACUUCAGAUGGCUUCUGUUGAUUUGUUUUCAAGAACUGCAGCCACUCCUCCAGUACAGUAGGGUCGAAAAUCUGCUGCACCAAGGUGAUUUAAUGUAUUUUUUGUUGGAUCAUUGCUACUUAUUGCAUUGAAAUUUUGAAAUCUGUGAAGUUAAAUGAAGUGGCCUAGUUUCAAAAGGUCGCUUGAGUUUUGUAGUCAUAGAACUUUAUUGUCACUUUUAUGUAAUGGUCUGAGUUGUAAUUAUGUAGCAAUUAAGUCAUAAGAUAAUUGAGUAUUGUUAAUAGAUGACAAAAAGAUAACAGUGCAACAAAAUAAAAUUAUCCUCUGAUUAUGAUCUUCAUAUC